AACUUGCUGGUUAGUCAGCAACGAAACGUAUACGGACGGGCUAAAACGAUGCGACGCAUCCUCGCGCUGUUGACUCGCCUGGUGUCGUUCUUCUUCGGCUGGCUACCGGUCUAUGGCCGUCGAGAACGCCUCGCAGGAGACGGCAAGCGUGUGCUGGUGAGCGGCUGCGACUCCGGCAUCGGCUUGCGGCUCGCGCAGAGGCUUCACGAGGCCGGCUAUCGCGUACUGGCGGGAUGCCUCAGCACCGACAGCGAUGGAGCCCGGCAACUUUCGAAGCUACGCGACGGGGAGUAUCCGGUGAGGGUGCUGCAACUGGACGUCACUAGCGACCGCAGCGUGCACCGUGCGCUCAUUCUGGGACAAGUUCAUGAUGAAGGGCUGUGGGGUCUGGUGAACAACGCGGGCGUAUGCGUGCUCGGUGAGUUCGAGUGGAUGACACCGGAGCAGGUGGAGCGCACCAUGGCGGUCAACCUGCUGGGCACCCUGAGGCUCACCAAGUCCUGCCUGCCAUUCAUCCGACGAAGCAAAGGGCGCGUGGUGAGCCUGAGCACGGUGGUGGCUGCGGCACCGGCCAUGCCUUGCAUGUCCACCUACUGCGUCAGCAAGACCGCUGUCGAGUCAUUCAGCCGCUGCCUGCGGCUCGAGUUGGCCCGCCACGGAGCCCACGCGAGCGUCGUCCGACCCGGCGACCUGGCCAAGCACACGGGAAUCAUGAAACGCCAGGCCGACGACAACAAGGCAAUGUGGGAGUCCAUGGACGAGGAGCAGCGUUCGGUUCACGGACCCCACGUGACGGGCUUCGUGCGCGGCUGGAAGUCCCAGCAGGGCGCGCUGUCUCCGCCUCAACUCGGCGACAGUCCCGUGUUCGACCACAUCGAGCACGCACUCGGUUCCCGGCGUCCGCGUGCCCUCUACGUGAGCGACAGUGGCCUGUGGCCGCUGUUCCUGCGCACUCUGUCCGUGCUGCCAACGGCAUUCUCAGACGCAGUGUCUUCACUUUUCUAUAAUUUCCUCGGGCGCCUGGGGAGCGAGGGACAAACUUCCGAUUAAAAAUGCACGGUGUCUGUGU